UUCGUUCGGGGCUUGUGAACUUUUUUGGAGUGUCCUCGUAGAUUUUCUGUUUUGGAAGACAAGAAAAAUGAGGGCAUAUCAGGUGCAAAUUUGUCAUUAAGCAAUUUGAAAACUGUAAUCAAGUCACCUCUGAUUCUUCUAUAUGACAGCGGGAAUAGGUUUAGCUUGGUUAGUCUAGUACCAUACGGGAGCUUCGCUAUUCCGGGAAUCAGCCUAGUUGCUGUUCUCUGAACCAUUUCCAAGAGUUCACUGUCUUUUUUUAGGCAGGGGCUAGCUGCUUGUAUACAGUACUCAAGUUUAGGGCGUACGAACACUGUAUACAAAGUCAAAAACAUUUUAGCGUCAAGAUGCCUAAAAGCCCUGCGUAUGGACCAUAAAGUCCUAAAACCUUUGGCGGCUAUUGCACGGCAGUGUGCAGUAGUCUUUAAGUCUUGACUGACGAUGACGCCUAAGUUGUUGUGUGCCUGAACAAUAGGUAACUCAGUGUUAUUCAUCGUGUAUGUAUCUGUACUCUGGUGGCCAAUAUGCAUCACAAUAUACUUGGAAGUGUUUAUCGGCAAUUGCCAGGUUUGGGACCAUUCAGAUAAUCUCUCCAGGUCAUUUUGAAGUUUGAAGCUAUCGCCCUUGCUUUGUAUCGCUCUCCAUAUCUUGACAUCAUCAGCAUAGAGUAAGACCGAUGACGAUAGUAGACGAGGGAGAUCAUUUACGUACAGGAGGAAUAACACUGGCCCAAAACUGUACCCUGGGGGACUCCACUAAGCACAGUUUCCCAGCUAGACAACUUGGAGUUCACCCUUACUCUUUGUUGACGCCCAACUAGGAAGUCUUUUAUCCACAUCGAUAGAUUGCCUCCAGUCCCGACAUUCCGGUUGUGCGGAACUUUGUCGAAAGCUGUGCUGAAGUCGAUGUAAGCUACGUCUACAGGUAACUUUUGGUUCUUAAGGGCGCACCAGCUUUCACGAGCGACUAAUACGUUUGUGAGACAAGAGUAACCUGUUCUAAAACCAUGCUGCUUUUCGGAGAGGAUCCGGUUUUCAUCGAGAUACUUUAACAGUUCCUUCCGAAUAAUCUUUUCUAAGAUUUUAACAACCACACUAGUUAGGCUAAUUGGUCGGUAAUUCUCAGGCUUAUGUUUUGUACCUGUUUUGAAGACUGUACUUACUAUGGCGUUCUUCCAGUCUUUUGGUAGACGACCCUGGGUUACGGAUAGAUUAAAACAUACACUUAAAGGGUUCGCAACAAAGUUAGCUAAUUCCUUUAGUAACCUAGGUUGCAGUUCAUCGGGUCCAGUGGAUUUACCUAUGUCAAGCUUAACUAGCAGACCAAAGACAUCGAGUUCUUUAAUGGUUACCCUGUCCAGUGCUAGUGUGGGUGGAUUUUCAUGGACUGGUGAGAAGGGUGUUUCUAUGGUGUAUACAUCGCUAAAGUAUUUAGAGAAUACUUGAGCUUUGCCAAAGUCAUCCUCCACUAGUGAUGUGGCAGUACUGUCUCCCCAUAGUGAAGGAACAUUUCUUCUUCUUUUUGUCCUUUGGUUUAUAUACGGAUACAAGCGUUUUGGGCAUUCUAUGGAUUCCCUAACGAUUUUCUCUUCGUACAGCUUUCUGGCUUUACGGAGGGUCGAGGCACAGGUAUUUCGAGCCUUUUGAUAAUGAGAUUUUGCCUCGUCAGUCCCCAGUAACCUAAAUCUGUCCCACAUUUUCCUUCUUUUACGGAGAAGGAUGCGAAUCUCCCUACUGAACCACGGUGGGGAGUUUCUCGGUCUCUUAGGUGUAGUCCAAGGGAUGUGGGGGGUGGUAACUUUUAAGUAUAAAUUCCGGAAUAUGUCCCAAGCCGUUUCGAUUGAUGACUCUGGGUCUAAUUUCCAAUCUACUGAUGAUGCUGAUUUCAUGAUGUCUGGUAUGUUUGCUUUCCAGACGUUAGGUCUGGAUUGAGCUGAAGCGUACUCGUGAUCGACAGUUAUAUGGAAGUCAAAGCUUAAAACUGCAUGAUCACUUUUGCCUAGGGGUGGCAUGUAAUCCAGGUUUGCAACAUCAUCCUCAUAAUGAGUCAAUAUAAGAUCUAGUAAGGAUGAUUCAUAGCCCGGGUCGUACCUAGUUGCUUCCUUCACGUGUUGCACUAGGGCACAUGUGAUUACCGCAUCAACUAGUUCCUGUUCGAAGGAAUUAUCUUACGAUUCAGUCCGCAGAUUUCCCCAGUCCACCAUGGGUGCAUUAAAGUCCCCUAGGAUUAGACAUCGAUCACUUCGUGAUAAAGUGUUGAGACUGCUUAGCAGGACAUCGUUUGCCUCACAGCUUGGACUGCGAUAGAUCAAACUAAGUAGUAACUCUUGUCCCCUGCAUUUCAGGCGGCAGCAAACUAAUUCAUACGUCCCACUCUCAUGGGAUACACUGUCGAUAAUGGUGAAUGGAAUAGCAUUCCUAAUGAAUAGAGCUACUCCCCCUCCUUUACGCAUUUGUAUUCUAUCGGCUCUUACCAAUGUAAAACCCUCGAAAUCAAGUUCCCUACUAUCUAUAGACGGCGUCAGCCAUGUUUCUGUGACUGCGAUUAUGUCUGGCCUAGUUGAGUCAAUCAGUACACCUAGUUCCGGUAGCUUAUUUAGUAAGCUCCGGGCGUUGGUAUAACAGAUCCGAAGCCUAUUUAGGUGGCCUCGUGCUUCACCCAGAGUGGCUUCGGCAUCAUCCUCUGUCGAAGCCCCACAACCCGAAAAUUUACAAUUUUCAGGUCUUUUUCGCCAGCGUCUAAUCUGAGCUGUAAUUCCUUUCCGGCUUCCCGUCUUUUUACACGGUCCGCCAGCGGUAAGUCCUUACGGAGGAAAACUCCUGAACCCUUUACUUUGUGUCCAUUUUGUAAGAUUAAGUCGCGUUCGUUUGAGGAUUUGAAAACGACUUUGAGUAGUCUAGACUGAUUUGGUUUCAGAUGCGCUAGAUUUCCUAGUUGUUACUUUCUUCAGAUCGAGAAAAAUGAUCUGUACACUUCGUGAUCGAAAAAUGCUUUCCUGAAAUCCGAAGGAACAUAUUGUUCGAUUUGAGGUUUGAGGCUUUUGAAGGUCGGUAGGUUGCGAAUUUAUGGUUAUUGCGUUACAAUGGAAGUCCUUCAACACCUUCGAGGACCUACACCUACUACAAUGAGAGAAGUCAGUGCCUUGUCCCAGCUAAGCCUUGAUGAAGAUGUUCCAUCAAUUCAGGGAGCUAACUUCCCAAUCUUGUUGCAGUCCAACACUGAUACGAAUUUUAGUGAUAUAACCGCAUUUAAAUCUGCUUUUGCUCGUUCAGCUGAAGAUGCACGGGUUUACUCACAUCUAAAUACUCUGCUCGAACAAGGGCAAGAGUACGCGAUUAUGCUGUACACAUGGAGGUCGAUAUCUAGAGCUCUUCCAUUUAUUCGAUCAAGUGACCAGCCAAAUAGAAUAAAAAUAUAUGAAAAAACAAAGGAAAUAUUAGAACCGCAUUGUCUAAAGCUGAAACAGUUCAUGUUCUUUCAAGAUGCAGCUAUACGGAGGUUUGUGGAAGAAGUGAAACGACUGGCUCAUAAGGAUCAGAAAAACUUCUUCGUAAACCAGGCCUAUCUCGUCACACUCGGGAAAAUGAUAAAAAUGUUUGCUCUUCUAGACGAAAUGAAGAACAUGAAGGCAAGCAUGAAAAAUGAUUACUCUAACUACAAAAGAGCCGCCCAGUUCCUACAGGUUAACGAUCCCGAUUCUCACGAUGUGAGUAUAUUCUUGGCGAAGCAGAAAAUCAUUCGCGAUACGCUAAAAGAAAGCUUGAUUGCAAUUGAUGGUUAUGAGGACCUUUUGAUAGAAAUCAUUCACAACAGCGCUCAAAUGUAUGAAAAUAAGGUCUAUAUCCUUCCUGAAGAGAAGCACACUCAUGUUAUAGUUAUAGCUUUUUCCCUAUAUCUUCUCGAUUCGGGUCGUAUAGUUGAUGGUAAACAAGUAGGCGUCUGCCUGAAUAAGAUUGCUAAGCGUCUUAACAUCGGUAAAUUGGAUCGGAUUCUGAAGGAAUGUGAAGUCGUCAAUCUGUUCGGUGAUAUGAGUGUGGAACCAUUUUCAUAUAUUCGUCAAACAGCGUCGUAUGAUCCAUCUAAAUGGCCAGAGUGCAACAGUGCUAAAAUUUCUGGUCAGGGAGUGAUCUUAACACAUAUGGCGAGAUUUCAAGAGGAAUAUACUUCAUUGACAUCCGAUUUAGCUUGGCAUACAAAUACAACAUCAAUUCGUCUAAAUGAACGUUCUGUCAAAGAAAACCAAGAACUUUAUGAUCUUGCACUUCGAGGUCUUCAGUAUUUAUCUGGUUGGUCUGUUCAAGUGUUAGAUACAUUUUCAUGGAAGCUUGCUCACUGUGCCAGCGGUUUCACGAAUCAUGAAUGCCCAAAAGAUGCUGAAAAUUAUGAAAAAGCCACUCGUUAUAAUUACAAUUCAGAAGAAAGAUUUGCUAUGAUUGAAAUAAUCAGUAUGAUUAAAUCUGUUCAAACACAACUUUUACGUUUGGAAGCUUGUUAUUCGGAAGCGAUUGGUCGUUCUGUUUAUCGAGAACUACAGGCAAUUGUUGUUGGCCAAUUAAGCGCUCCAUUGCUUAAAGCACAAAAGAAGAAAGAACGAAUCAUGCUGGCACGUUUGAUACUUGCGAUUCAAGCAACAUGUGCUGAUCAAAUAUCCGACACAAUGGAUUUGGAUAUGAUGAUGCACACAAGUGGCAGUAGCGGGGGUGGUGGUACAACAGGAUCCAAAUCAUGGGGUAAAGCUGCUUCUUCAAAACUGUCAAAUCCAAGCAAUAAUAAUAAUCAUAAUAAUAGUAUGACUACAGGGUCGAAUUCUACGAUGGCUGCUGUCGCCGCUUCGCUAGCCAAUAAUAAUGACAGUCCAACAGGAUCAAUCAGUACAAGCAGUAUAUUUGAUUCAAAUAAACGUCGAGUUGGUCCAUCAUCUAGUCAAUUGUAUUUAGUACGAACUAUGUUAGAAUUAAUGGUUGAACAAGUUUCAUCAAGUAAACAAAUGAUACGAAAAGAAUUGGACACUGCAACAUUAUCAGCGAUAGAUACGUUUCUUAAGCAUAGUUUUUAUUGGCCAUAUCUUCUGAAUUUCAGUGAAACUUUAAUCAAAUGUUGUGACCUAUCUCAACUAUGGUAUCGUGAAUUCUUCUUAGAAAUGACUAAUGGUGCUUGUAUACAAUUUCCAAUUGAAAUGAGUUUACCAUGGAUAUUCACUGAUCAUAUUCUAGAAAGUGAACAUCCUGGUUAUAUGGAAUAUCUAUUCUAUAUGCUUGAUCUUUACAAUGAUGCCGCUGAUUGUGCGUUAAAUCGAUUUCGACGACGAUUUCUGUAUGAAGAAAUCGAGGCUGAAGCGAAUUUAGUCUUUGAUCAACUUGUUUAUAAACUAAGUGAUAAAAUAUUUCGACACUAUAAGCGUUAUGCAUCAUCAAUUUUAUUGGAUAAACGAUUUCGAGCUGAAGCCCAACGUACCGCAUCAUGGCGUGAACCUUAUCCACCACCUAAUCGUUAUACUGCAGCUUUACUUCAACAAAGAAAUAUUCAAUUGCUUGGUCGUUCUAUUGAUAUAAACCGAUUGAUUUGUCAGAGGAUGACCACGGCAAUAUACAAAUCAAUUGAAGUUGCUAUUUCACGUUUUCAUAGUUCAGAUAUAACAGGAAUAAUUGAAUUAGAAGCAGCUAUUGAAUGUAAUCGACUAUGUCAUAGAAUGUUAAGUGAACAAUUGGAAUUAGAUGAUUUCGAUGCAUUAUUACGUGAAGCAGAUAAUUUGGUAACUUCUAGAUUAGGAAAAAUUACUGUUCAUGUAUUUUGGGAAUUAACAUAUGAUCUUGUUAAAAAUUAUUGUUACAAUGAUGCUACUAACAGGUUUGUACCAACAAACUUCACAUUAACUGAAGUGUUAGAACGUGAGAAACCGCCAACAGUAGAGGCUCAAUACGUUUGGGGCAGUCGUUCAUUAAAUACAUGCUUUGAAACUAUAUUUAAAUUAUAUCGUGGUUUUGUUGGUGCACCUCAUUUUUCUGCUAUUUGUCGUUUAUUGGGUUAUCGAGGUCUAUUUGUUGUUACAGCAGAAGUAAUGAAAGUUGCUCAAUCAUUGCUAAAUCAAACAUUACGCGAUUAUGUUUGCCGAUUGGUACUCCUUAUGCCUAAAUCAUUGACACUUCCAUCAGACAAAGCAGAAUCUGAUGCUGUAUUCUCAGCUUUAUACACUCAAUUGCAACAAAUCUAUAAAUAUACAGAUUUAAGAACUAAUGUAUUUCAAAAUUUUCGUGAAUUCGGAAAUAUUCUUAUCUGUUGCUUGCAGUUAGAAAAGAAUUUAUCAAUUGAAGAUUCAUGUGAUCUUCGUCAUGCAGGGCCUUUCAUUGGACAAAUGCCAAGACAAUUCUUUCCUCCUAUUCCAUCUCAUGAGGAAGGAUUAAAAGGUAAAUCAAUUAAUGAAUUAAGACGUGAACGUGAAAUUCAAUAUAAAGAAUUACAAAAGAAACAAGAAUCAAUGAAUAUUGUAUUAGUUGUAUCACGUAUUGGUACUGAAGAUCAAUUAUCCUUAGCUAAAGAGAAUGAAAUAUUGACGAAAGAGCGACUUUGUUCUGGUUUAACCCUAUUCGAAUUUGUUCUUAAUAAAAUUAAAAGUUUUCUUCAUGAAGAAGAUUCUGAUGGAAAUACUUGGAAUCGUCUUUCUAAUAUUGCUAAACGUAAUUCCAUAUGUAAUGGAACUACUACACAUUAUAAUAAUAAUGAUAUACUUGGCUUAGAAAGUUAUACACAUUUUCAUCGUUUAUGGUCUGCUAUUCAAUUAGUAUUUUGUACACCAUUUGGACAGAAUGAAUAUACAAUUGAAGAAAUGUUUGGUGAAGGAUUAAAUUGGGCUGGAUGUGCAAUUAUUUUAUUAUUAGGUCAACAACGUCAAUUUGAAGCACUUGAUUUUGGUAGUCUUAUUUUACGACUACAACGAAUUGAUAAAAAAGAUGCAACACCAAUGGGGAUUUCUCUGGAACGAAUGGCUGCACGUUUGAGUCGUUUCUCAGUACUCAAUCGUCAAAUAUUUUCUACAUUAAAUGUUUAUCUUCAUCCUGUCGAUAGACUAGAUGAAUCAAGUGUUCGUGUUCGCCAGUUUCCUAUACCUACCUGGUCAAAAUCAUAAACGAUGAUCUUUUUUUCAAACCAUGUAAUUUGUACCCCCCUUUUCCAAUUUCUUUGGUAUAACGCUUCUUGUAUUAUAAACCACCUCAAUUAAUGGCAUUUUAUAGAGUUCCUUUUGGUCUUUUUUUAUAUUUUGAUCAUACCGGUAAUUGUUUUUCUUUGAUUUACUGCUUUCCUGGUGUUUUUGCUUUUUUAUCUAUCUUUUUCACCUCUUUUUUUCCUUGGAGAAAUGUGUAUAAAUAAAUUCAUAAGGUAAAUACAGUUAAUUUAUGGUGUUAUAUGAAUAAUGAUAAUAAUGUUUUGUCAGUAAAAUUAGUUUCAUGCAGAUUACCAUUGUUUUUGUUAUGAAAAGUAAGUUGUAUUGGAUGGA